AUGACGCCGCGGGCCCAGCCGCCGUCUCCCCCGCAUCACCCGACUUGCGACCUCGGGCAGUUGACCAGGGAACAGGCCCUUUGCGGCAUCAGGACAGCCAGAGUCGGGCAAGAAGGAUCCUGUUUAUUCUGGUGGAACGCAUACUCUGGGCUGAGACUGCUAAGACUAGCGAGACAAAACACACGCAAGCACUACAAAUACUCAAAAGCUCACGGACAAGGAGGUGGGCAUGCACACUAA